AUGAUUAAAAAAAUUUAUUGUUUUUUAUUUUGUCUAUUAUUUUUAAUAAAAAAAUUUUUUUUUUCGGGUUUAACCAAAGGAAAUUUAUUAGAUUUUGAAAAUGUCACAGAACCAAUUAUAUCAGAUGAGGAUUUUUUUAAAAUCGUUGGAGGUGAAAAAGCAGAAGAAGGAGAAUUUCCAUAUCAAGUUUCAUUAAGAUUUAGAGGUUUAAUGAAAAUGCAUUUUUGUGGAGGUUCCAUUAUUUCUGAAAGGAUUGUACUAACUGCUGCACAUUGUGUAACUGAAAUAAAACCUCCCUUAUUCACUUAUAUUGAGGUUGUAGCAGGUACAGUGAAUUUAAAAAGGGAAAGUCCAUACACUCAAAAAUCAACAAUUCUUAAAAGUAUUAUACAUCCAAAAUAUCCAGGAAAAGUCAAUCCUUAUGAUUUGGCGAUACAUAUACUAAAACAACCAUUUUCAUUUAAUAAAUAUGUUCAACCCAUUGGACUUCCAAGACAAAAUGAAGAAUUUACAGGAGAAACAAUUUUAUCAGGAUGGGGAAGCAUUUCUAGAUCUGUAUUAUCAGUACUGCCCGAUAAUCUUCAAAAAGUUACACUUCCGUUAAUAAAUUUUGAAGAAUGUUCAGCUUUUUAUAAAAAAGAAAAAAUUCAAGUGAAUAAAAUCAGUAAUAUUUGUACUGGAUCAACAAAAGGACAUUUUUCUGCUUGUUCUGGAGAUUCCGGCGGUCCUUUAGUAAAAGUUGUAAACGGUACCAGAAAAGUAAUUGGAAUUGUGUCGUGGGGACGAGUUCCUUGUGGUUCAGGUUCUCCUUCUGUAUACACAAAAGUUUCCAGUUUUGUUAAUUUUAUACACGAUAAAAUGUCGGCACAAAUUUAUAAUGAAUUUUAG